UGUCAGCAUCCUACUGUCGUUAUUCUCUCGGAUAAAUCCCGCAUAGUUCAGAGCGGUGCAACUCACCAGUCGAUGACUGUGUUGCCAAAUGCAAAAAAAAAAAUGUCAUGUCCGAAUAAUAUAGCGCCCGGUAAAUUCCUGAUGGAUUCUUUAACGGGAGGAUCAUCUUCCUUCAGGGCCGAGGGUUAUUCCAACAACCCCGGGAUGUAUAGCCACGCGGCUGCAGAGUACGGAUAUUCAAUGAUGAGGAACAUUGGGAAGGUAGGACCAGCUUCACUCUCGAAAGGAGACCAGGUUGCUCCGGGCGGUGUUCCGCUCAGCGGCUUCCUGGAUGCGCCCUACCUGUCGGCCGCAUGGACACCGGGCUCCAAAACCAGUGGGGAGGAACAACCUGUUGCCCAGUGUUUACAACCCUGCUCAUUUCCAGCGGGCAACGUCAAAGAGGAGGCGUUUUGUUGCCUCUAUCAGGAUGACAGCAAUAAGGGGAAGCAGACAACAGAGUCGGCCACUUACAUCCGGCUCGGGGACAAUAGCUGCCGGCCCGAGCGCAGCGCCUCGUCCAGAGACUGUUUCCAGGUGUACAACGAGAGGCCGCAGCAGGACGACGAGCAGUUCCCCUCCGGCUUCUCUCUGACCCACUUGGAGACAUCUGUUGAAUCAGCAUCAAAAUCGGCAAUAAGUUGCAAUACAUUGGCACAGGGAAGAACGAGGGAGCGUUCAAAGACAGAUGAGAGUCAGAAAAGAAAGGAAGAGAAGGCCAAGAGUGACAGCUGUUCAGAUAACUCGGACGGGCAAUUAAAAGUAGAUGAUUUAUCCGAGGAAAAGACCACGGGAAGCUGGUUGAAAGCCAAAAGCGGAAGGAAAAAGCGCUGUCCCUACACAAAGCACCAGACGUUGGAGCUGGAGAAGGAGUUCUUGUUCAACAUGUAUCUGUCUCGGGAGCGCCGCCUGGAGAUCAGUCGGAGUAUCAACCUGACCGACAGACAGGUCAAGAUCUGGUUCCAAAACAGACGCAUGAAGCUCAAGAAGCUCAACAGGGAGAGCCGAGGCAGGGCGCACAGUGCAGUAUAUAACUAUUCUUAAAGACAAUUCCAGCAGACUUUCACACACAUGCACAUACAUAUGCAUACAUGCAUACAUGCAUACAUACAUACAUGCAUACAUACAUGCAUACACGCACCCACAUGCAUAGACAUGAUAGACAGACAGAGAAGCACGUGUCAUCUCAUAAUGUGUUGAAUUGUCAUUUAUAAAAAUGCUCUUUGUGCAAGCCACACACACACACACACACACACACACACACACACACACACACACACACACACACACACACACACACGCACGCACGUCAUGUCUGCCCACCGGCAGACUUUAGUUCCAGAACAACGCUUGCUGGAGGAGCAUUGGGACAUCGUGAUGCUAUUGCCUUGAACUGACAACUGUGAAGCAAACGAAAAGAGGAGGAUGUUUUGCCACUAUUGCAGCCUUUUCGUUGGUAUCCGUUGCUGUGGCAUGUUCGUAACGUGUUCCCAUGACAAUAUCAAGCCACGUCAUCGCAAGAUGAGACCAAAACAAUGAAGUAGUAGUACACGGAAAGGCAUUACCAACUUUGUCCUUCCUCUAGAAUAGUGGUGGAAAUGAGAGGGAGGGAAAGACACACCGCGGAUGAGAGAAGUAGAUCAUGGCAGUUUUAAUAGAAGUGAGAGACCAUAACGUUGAUUUAAAUAUUAUCCAGGUGACCACAGUAAGUCAAGGUCAUAAAAUUCUAAUGUCAGGUUCGCCCUGAAAACGUUGGGGGUGGAUUUUAUGAUCUGCAAAUAUAAUGUGCUGCAGCAGUAAAGAUGCGUUUAAAGGUGUGUGUGUGCGCGUGUGGAGGGGGGCUAAUCCAUAGCAGAGCCUGCAAUGUGCGGGCUCCAUCGGAGGCGCCGAGCUGGAAGGAACAACAGCUUCCACCCGGCAAAAUGGAGCUUCGCGAGAGCAGGAGAUAAGAAAGAUGGUGGAUAAAAGAGGGACGGCGACCACGACGGCGGCGUGAACAAUAAUAACAACACGCAUCGUGGUAAACACGUGGACAACGGAACGGAGCAGGAAGCAAGUCAAGACGGUCCGUCGGGUCAAAAUGAGUGGGACCGUGGAUUUAUCGAUAAAGGAACGCAGGCGGCUCAUAGAAAUGUUAUCUGAAGAAAUAUCGCAGACGCUUCUCCGGUCGCCCCAAGUUGCCUGCGGAUCACUUUGCAACUCCGAAGCUCUGCUAUUGGACGAUGGCCUCACGUGACUACGGCUCCCUUCUGUUCCAGGUUGAACCCAGGUGAACAUCUUCAGUGCCCACUGGAGCCUCUGGGUCACUGCCAUGCCGAGGUGGACUUCAAGAGCAGGAGCUGCGGUCUACUCGCCAUCUGCCACUCAGGAGUAAUUUAUCCCUGGAUGAAUCCACGGCCAGCUGAUUCAGAACUAUAUGUGGUGGUCCCAUGGUACCUUCUAAGUGACUGAGAUGGGGAUUUGACAGGUCUGCUUCCGUGUGGAGCUGUGAUUAAUGUGGCCUGUCAGGCAGCCGUAGCGGCGUCAGAUGUUUCCCCCAGACUGUUUCUUCAGGAGGUAACUUACCCUGAACACAUGACACAGUAGACAGCCAGUCUUGUAUAGUGUCUAAAGCAUGACUGAAUACACAGGAAGAGCCGAGAACCCUAAUUUGUCCCAGGUUGAUUGGCGGAGGAUUAACAUGGUUCUCACUGGCACUUGAAGUCCAAGGAGGGUGUACGUUUCAGGAUAGGCCUGUGACAUAUUGCGCGGUGGCUCUUAUC